AUGUCUACCGCUGGCGAAGAUGAGUUCACGCACCACCUAGCUAUCAAGCUUUCAAGGGCUCUCAACAUUGUAAAUCCUAACGACCUCCUUGCCCGCCGCGUGCAAGACAUUGCGAAGACGAACACUCUCGAAGGCUUCACAAAUGCGGCCAAGUCUUUCGGCAAGUUCAAGGACUCCUUUCUUGCAGAGCUGCAUUCCGAGAUUAUAUCACAUGAGAAGCAGGAAGCGGCAGGGCUUACUCCUCAGCCGGUGCAAGGCAUCGUCGUGUACGAUAGCGAGGUGCUGGAACCUGACCCUGUCCGCCAGGGCGGCCUGAUGCGCUCGGAUGCAAAACAUACAUUUCGUCAGCCUGCGAAACCCAUUGAACCGCCUACUCCGAGAGCCUCCAUUCUUGGACUCGACCGACUGGCACAGGAGAAACGCGCAGCUGCCGCUGCCAAUGGCGAGGGGAGCAGGAAAAAGCCUCGGUUAGACGACGGCGAAGAACCUUUCUUCAAAGCCAACAUACGACAACGUGGCGAAGAGACACCGUCCCAUCCCGGAGGUCUAUCUGACACGGCUCGGAACAGGCUGGAGGAAUACAGACGUAGACGAGAGCGAGUUAUAGAAGGAAUCAAGGCGGAGAACGAGCGGCGCGACGAUGGUCCUCGUGGGCUAGGCGACUUCCAGCGGCGGCUGAAUCGUGACCGUCCGAACGACUACCGCCGCAAUGAUCGCGACAGGGGAUACAAUCAUGACCGUGACAGACGCGGGUGGGACGCUACCCCACGAUCAGAGCGCGGGGGUCGCGGAGAUGAUGCCCCGAGUGUGCGGGUGCCGAACAUUGGUUGGGACGCGACGCCUCGACGACAAUCGUCUCCGUCUGCAACGCCUAUGCGUAACCGGCGCUGGGAUGCGCCGACCCCCCGGAGGCGUUCCCCUGUUGACGGUGAGAAUGGGGAUGGUUUGGCGGGAAUGGGUCUGGACGCGCAUGAGUGGGAAGAGGAGCAGAUACGGCUCGAUCGAGACUGGUACAUGGGUGCAGAGGAGGGUGGAGUCGCAGGUGAUGAAGAAUUCAACCCACUCGCUCAAUAUGAGGAUCUGGGAGCGAAACGGCAAGCAGAGGCUGCCGCAAAGCAAACAAAGAAGAUUUCGGCGAAGCAGGCGCAAUACAACGCAGAUAAUGAUCUCUGGGAGGCAAACCGCAUGCUCACGUCUGGUGUUGCGACUCGCAGGACGAUCGAUCUGUCGUUCGAGGACGACUCUGAAUCAUCUGUCCACGUUAUCGUCCAUGACCUCAAGCCUCCAUUCCUGGACGGACGCACUGUCUUCACGCGUCAACUUGAGCCCAUCAACCCUGUGCGUGACCCGACAAGUGACAUGGCAGUGUUUUCGCGCAAAGGCAGUACCCUCGUCAAGGAGAAGCGAGAGCAGGCUGAACGUGCAAAGGCAGCUGCAAAGCUCGCUGCACUUGGGGGAACAGCUCUGGGCAACAUCAUGGGCGUGCAAGAUGAGGAGGCACAAGCCGAGGGUGAGUAUUUAAUCUUCUCCUACAGAUACAUCGGGGUGGACAUUCACGUAGUACCAUUUGACCUGUGCCACUUAUGUGACAUGCAGCCGAGGCGGAUGCAAAGGCCAAGGGUGGUGAGAAGGAGGAUUAUAAGGGCGACUCGAAAUUCGCGUCGCACUUGA